CCAUAAACAACAGGGUUUUUUUUACUGCCAUUAUAAACUUCAGUGGUUCUCCAAUGUAAUUUUGACGAUUAAGGCCUGACACGGCACAAUUGAAUUACUAGCUCGUUUUUUUCUGCUUGACACUUGACACCACAUGGUUAUUCCAAUACGUCUGCUGUCUCAAGUCAUCGUCCCGUGUUUCCAUCUCGAUCGUCUCUGCCUGAUGCCACUGCUAUUUCAGCGUGUUUCUGCUUCUGAACCAUCUGCCGGGGUUGCAAACUGCCCUUGUACAAAGUGGCCUUUACAUCUGCACAUUGUCAACUUUAAGGAGAGCCCAGCAAAAGCAUUGUUGAAGAGAUCUUUUUUCUGCACAUAUGCAACAAAUUAGGAAUGGCUUCUUUCUAAAGCAUGAACAAAAUUCUCCACUAAAAAAUGAGAUAUAAGAGCAAAAGGAAAGGAAAGCAUUUUGAUCACCUUUUAGAAGGUGAACGACUUAAAUGCAAGACACCCUGCGUCAGCCAUCUCAAGACUGACAGGGACAACUGCGCUCUGUCCAUGAGAGUGAGCGUUUGAAAUGAGCUCCCUGGAAAAGCGCCACACAGGCCAGCGGGGAAGCAUGCAGGGCCACCGCAAAUACUCCGAUGGCCUCAGUGACACAUCCAGCAGCGGCAGCUUUAUGGACGACACAGACAGGGAGGUGAGCAACCUCACCGAUCGUGCCUUCAGGAGCCUGUGCAUUGGAGAGGAGGCCAUUUACAAUGACUCAGAAUUUGCCUCGUCUCCUACUGAACGACAUAAGGCUUUUGCAGAGGAAACCCAGCAGAAGACAAUCUCCCACGAGGCUGUUUCAUACAGCGUUCAGCAAUAUGGGGAGGAAGAAGCACAGAUUAAGAUGGCCUCGACAUUCCAGCAUUCCUAUGUGGAUGUAACCCAUCAGGAACAGGCUUUCAGUGAGGGAAGCUUGUCUUAUAUGAACAAUGGCUCCAAGGAGGUGACGUGGCAGCAAAGUAGGAGCACAUCCAGAGUGUCAUCUCUAAUCAAAGCCUUCAGUUCAGGGGAGUGUUACCAUGACAGUGGGACAUGUGACGUUAUUCUGGCAAGGGAUAGAUAUAGAGACUUUGGCAGUGAAUCAUGGGACAAAUCAGCUAUGCUAAGCAUCCAGAGGGAACUCUCUGAGGUCUCUUCAGGAUACCAUCAGAAUUUUAGAUCAGGCCCCUUUCAGUCUUACAGAAAUCAUUUUUACACAUCCGACGUAGCUGCUGCGGUGGCACAGAUGGACACAACGGUUCUAAUGAAGUCUUCGAAAAGUAAGUUCAAGGCUUUGAACUCCACAAACUGUUUUUUUCAUAGUGAAUUCAGUCCCUUUCAGCUAUGGGAAGAGUACAACAGGUUCUCCUUCCAAAGUUCGAAUGCGUCUGGGUUUAUGUCAGCCAGCGAAUUCCCACGGUGGUAUGAUUCUCCCAUGUACAAAGAGCUAAAAGACAACCAAAGAAUUCCAAACUCGCCGUGUGAAAGUAGGCGCUUCAAUCAGAGACAAAUUCAGGACGUUGUGGCCAGUCAGCGCUCCAGGUCCACAGUUGUCCAGAAAGCCUCCGCGAUUGAAAAGAGGUGCGAAUCUGAGAUGGCUUCCAACUAUCCACCUUGGAAGAAAAAUAAUAACUUUGUAAGGAACAAACUUCCAGGCAAUCGGCCCUCCACAGUCUCGCCUACCAAUGAGAAAACAUGUAGGCCAGAUUCUAACUUGUUUAGCAAUAACAAAGUUACACACGAGAUAGUGGUCGAGAGCAACCUCCCUAGCAGUGUGACGCCGUUUAACAUCACUCAGCUUCUCACACCGGUUAUUCACACGAGACAAGAAACAGAGACGUCUGAGAUCCUCCAGUAUGCACACACUCCUUCUGUUUCUGAUUAUUCCUCCCAGGGUGAAACUGACCCUAAACUUCAGACAGAUGUCAAACAUCUGCGUGACAACUACAAGUCUAAAGCUUCAAGUCUGCUGUUCAACCUCAAAGACAACCGAAAAAGAGUCAAGAGUACGUACAGUCCCACAAGAUUCAAAGGGCUAGAAAUAACAGAUCGAAAUAAGCAGGGCUCAAAGCUGGAGGGCCGUGAAUCUAGAUUUUCAGAUAUUUUUGUAUCCCAAGAAACGGCUCAGGAGAAUCUGAUUGGAACGGAUGCACGGGCCUCAUGUAACCUAAUUCGAGAGCCCAGCGCAGCUCUUAUCACCCCUAAAGAUUAUACCGAUGGCUUUGGAUCAUAUGAUAAUUUGACAUUAACUUCACCUCAAAUUCAGGACAGAGUCGCUAAUUACAAGUCGUUCCGUGGAAGUUCAGAGGGUCACUCUCCAGGCACAGAUCCGCUGGCUAACACGGAGCUCUCAACACACAAUCUUUCAGCACAGGAUAAAAGGUCUCUGACUUCAGAAGGUCAAUUAAAAGACCUCAACAGUACUUUUAUUCCUGCUAGGCCAGAAAUAGCAAAUGUGCUUCCAAAGGCUUACCCACCGACACAUUCUCUGUCUGCGCAGACAUCAGAACGAUAUGGCCACAGUGAUAACGCAAGUCAAAAUAAUCUAAAACAAAGAACUUUGGACUUUGGAAGAAAAACAUUUGGUGAAUACAGUCAAAACGAGGCUGUUAAAGAUAAGUGUCCUUGGGACCAGAAUCGUUCAGUCAAGGAUACAGAUGGCAUAUCUGAAUCACGGGCAUUUAGAGGAGAAAUAGCAGCACUGAUUGAGAUGGACAAACAGAGAAAGGCCACCGCUAAGCAAUAUUUUGCCAAUGACAGCUAUUCUGUUCGUAAGGAAACGUACAUGCAAAAAGUGAAUGAAGACAUUAAACUUGGUCGACUUGAAAAGGAAGAAGAGAAAGAGGUCGGGGAAGAUACAGCAUCACCAAGGAAAACAUUUAACAGUGAAAAAUCUGUGCAUGACCAUCAAUUAAACACAUUUUCAAAGCCUACUGAAUCAUAUGGAAUACCAAAAAAUAGUCUUCAGAGCAAAACAUCCUCUCUAACGGACGUUUAUGGUGGUUUACAAAGCUUUAGUGUCAAAAAUGAUUUUGUUAAAGGAGUAUCAGAGCAAAAUUCUUCUUUUAACACUAUGGCGACACAAAAUACAUUUGAUCAGAGAGCUCAUGCACAUUUACAAGACUAUAAAGGUCAAAAGAAUGAAGGAUUGUACUCUUAUCAGCCAUACAAGUAUGAGCCUAACAAACAGUGGCAUAUGUCAUCAACAAGUGAAGAUAGACACACUAAGGAAAGUGUAUGGACACAGAAACAAUCAGAGAUGAUUGAACAAACUGGUGCCAAGAGUUAUAAAAUCUCCAAUGCAUCUUCAGGUGCACUGCACAUACAUCAGAAUGAGUUAUCCACCAGCAACGGUGCACCAAAUCCUAAUUCAGCCGUACCAAACUUUGACACCUCAGAUCAAAAUAAUACUAGUUUACCAACCAAACAAGAAGACAGAUUCAGCAUUAAUGAUAUUCUUGCCAUCAGAGAUAAUGAGCAAGCACGGAGGUUAAGAGAUAAUACAUUUGUUUUGGCUAAAGCAGAAAACCCACAAAAUCCAAUUAAAUUUGAUACAGCUGAAAAACUAACUAUAACAGAGCCUGUGAAAGAGCAAGAGCAACAAGGCUACAAAGUGCAGGACGUUACAAGUCCGUCGCCAGGCUAUGUGAGAAAGGAUUUUCAAAAUACAAAUGAAACAAAUAUAAGCACUGACAGAAAAGACAGAGCAAUGUGUAAAGAUACUGACAAGGUCACAACAAGAGUGCUUUCUUACAAGGAGAGAGGCCAAAGCAAACAAGAAAUACUGACGUCAAAAUUGAAAGCACAUGCUCAAAAGGAAAUAUCAGCGAUUAAAGAAAAGGGACUUGCCAAACAAGGUAUUCUUGCAAGAAAUGGAACAAAAACAAGAGGGACUGUCAAUAAUGAUGGUCAAGAAGGUCAUUCUGUAAAGAAGGAAAUCACAGCAGACAAGCUGAAUCACUUGUUUCAAGACAUCACUUAUUCUAGUGUAACCCAGUACAAAGAACAAAUUAACGAUCAUCCCAAGAAUAGAUCUCCACCAUCAAUGGAAAUACAACCUCUUCAUUUUGAAAACAAUCAGAAUGUAGUCUCAGAAAGGAAGGAUGAGAAUGUAAAAUACAAACCUUUGGCUAUAGAAAGGCACAAAGACAAGCAUCCAGCUGAUGAUAAAGAAAUGAAAGAAUUGUCUACUCAGGACAGAAGAGCAACAGUGCCAGAUAUGAAAAAUAAUGUUCAUAAAAACCAGCCAUCCAAAAUCUCAGAAGAUAGACAAAUAAAUAUGACAAGCUCAGAGGAUAUAAACACUAAUAAGAAAUCUGCAAAGCAAAAUCCUGAAAUGUCACCAGAUGAAUCAGUGACAGCUGCGGUCAAGACCUACAGAGAGAACUACACUUCCCAUAAUCCACCUGCACUGCAUAAUGAAAAACAAACAAUUCAGCAUGAUCAAAAAGAAAAUCUGUAUGGAAGUAGUCAGUAUACUUCCUCUGAAAAAGCUGUGACUAAACCUGCUGAUAUAAUCAAAGAAGACACCGAAACUACAAAAACAAACAGCGCUUUGAAUAAAAAUUCAAAAUUCUUAGGACUGGAGAAAAAUGCACCCAAAGUUGAGGAAGCUAAUGUACAUCUUAAAAGUAAGAUUACUGCUGCCGUGGAGCAGUCUAAAAAUGAACCGAUCAAAAAUAGCUCUGGGAUUACAGCUAGUCAACUGACGUCCUCAUCAAGUGACAUGAAGUAUAAAAAUGGAAUUCCACCUGCUAAACAACUACUAGAACCUGCCAAAUCAGAGCUUACCUCAAGCCUUCAAACCAAUACAUUGAAUGUAGAUUCAGAGCAGCCUAUAAAUAGCACCUACAAACACAAUUCUGGGAUCAAUUCAGAUUCAGAGGUGUCAUCAACAGAAAAUGCAGUCAGAAUCAACUCUGCACCAACAAAUGACCUGACCAGAACCAGGAAGCCAGAAACACUGAAACCUUAUAAUAAUGAAGAUGGACAAGCAUUAAUAAACAAAAACAAUAUAGCACAAGAAAAGGACUUGGCUAAGCAACAAAACAAUACUUUACCACUAAAGUCUGUAGAAACUACCUCUGUAAACCAAAUGGUGGACAGUCAUUUAAAACCAAACAAAAUAGCACAAGAAAAUGACUUGGCUAAGCAACAAAACAAUACUUUACCAGUAAAGGCUGUGGAAACUACCUCUGUAAAUCAAAAGGUGGAGAGUCACUUAAAACCAGAAACGGAUAAAGAAUCACUAACACGAACAGCUUUAGCUAAAGCAAAAGAAAGCUGUCAGCAAAAAGAACUCCAUCAAGAUGGUGAAAGUACAAAAACGAAGUUCUCAUUUGACAAGAUUGAACUCCCUAGAAGCUCUCAAAGUAUGCCAAGAAUAAAAGAUGAUUCAGAAGCAUUAAAUAACAGUCAACAGAGAGAGAAGAUAGCAGAAAGUGCAAGCCCAAAACUAAAAGAACCAGGAUUUUCCAAACCAUUAGAAAUAUCACAUAUGAAAAACAAUCCACAGAAGUCUACAGAAGAGGCUCAAGAAGUGAAUCCAACCAAUUCCAAACUCCAAACAUCAGCUGAAGAUGCACUAAAACCAAAUGUUUCCCCACAAAAUAAAGUGAUUUUACAGGAAGAUGCAACUCAAAAUAAUAAUAUACAGCCUGUUUUAACACAGAAUGUAGAAUCUACAGCAGAUACAUCAGAUGUCACCAUUCCUACACCAAGCAAUGAGGAUUCUUCAGAGGAACCCAUGAUUUACAGUAUUUGUGUCUCAAGCAAAACAGAAGCAGCUUCAGAUGAUGAACCUAUGAUCUACACUAUUUGUGUGUCAGCUAAGUGUCAUAUGGAUGAGGAAGAAAAUCCGGAAAAACAAGAAAAAGAGAAUUCUGUUGAAACUGAGAGAUUUGUGAAAGAUGAAUGUAAGAAAGCGGAAAAUAAGCAAGAUGAUGUUCACAGGCAGACUGAAGUUUCUUCAAACACUGAAGAAAAAGACAAGAUUGGAAAGUGUGAACCUCCAGCAACAGAUAAGUCAAGCAUCACAGGAAGAGUCAGUACAUCAUAUGAGGAUCUCUUAGCUAAAUAUGGGCUACUGGCCAGAGAUCAAGGUCAUCCCACAUCAAAACAUACGCAGGAUGAAAGAGAACAAAAAGAAAAGGAGGAGACUGAAACUCACCUGUCACACAAACCAAUAAAACAUGGAAUGAAUAGAUCUCUGCUGUCCAAAGAGAAAAAAUCAGAUACAGCACAAACACAUCCAGAUGACUCCAAACAGGUUUCUGAUCAGCAAACAUCCAUUACAAGUCCAAGUCCAAGCAUCUAUCAACUUUUAAAGGGAACUGAGAGUGACAUCAAGCAAGUAAAAGUGCAACACCAAGAUACCACAUCAACUCAUUCCAACAACGUGGAUAAAAAGCAACAGAGUACAGGAAACAAUAUGCCAAAGCUUGGUCAUUCUACAAAAACAACACUCAAAGAUGCAGAAAAUAUUGAAGAUCGAGAUAAUCACAUUGAACCACCAAGGCAAAGUAGGGGACAUAAUAUUAAGUUGAAGGAAAAGAAAGUUGAGGAGCAAGUGAGGAACACUGAGAAAGUGGAAAGUCUGAAAAUGAAAGGAAACAUUUUGGAUGAUAUAUCUAAUUCUAAAGAGUUCCCAAAGAAAACUGAGAAUGUAUCCCUGACAGCUAAACAACCUGAAACAACGGAUAAUUCGGCAGGAGCAACACAGACUAAAGAGGUUUUAAAGGCACCUGUUUCAUCCAUUGGAAAGGACACAGUCAACACUAAACCCAUUGAAAGUACAAUUCCAGAAAGGAUGAUACCCCAAGCUAAAAAGAAGCCUCAAAAGGUGGAAGGUGAAACUAAAAUGUUUAAUGAUACUGAUACUUUUAUGCCUCAGAAGAAUAGAAUGCAUGGAAGAGAAACAUUUAACUCAAAAGUUGAGGCAAAACAACAGGAUCCUGUAAUGGCUAUGAAACAAGAAUCUGUCUCAGACAAAGAUGUCCAAACUCUGCAAAAGAAUGUAAAGGAGGAUGAGAAAGGAGGGGAAAGGUCACAAGAGAAGUUACAAGUUGAAUUGGACACCAGUAAUGAAACUUUAAACAGGAUGAAGAUGGUUUUAAAAGAUGGCGCUGCUGCACAUGUUAAUAAUUAUAGGGUUAAAGUUAGCAGUAUUGGUGAGGAUGUGUGUAAUGUUGUAAAACAAGACCAAGCCUCUUUUGAAGUCCCAAAAAUUCACUUAGAGGACAUUAAAGUGUCUACAGAGGAAAUGUCAUCAAACAAGGAAUUCAUGGCAGGCCACAAAAACCAACAUGAAGUGAUAAAGAAGGAAAAUCCGAAUGGAAAGAAAGGAGCUGUUGUGACUAAACUUGUGGGUGAAAAAGACUUUACAAAGCAAAAUAACUUACAGCCCCAUACAGUCCAAAAUGAACCCAAAACUGUGAAUAAUAUGAAAGAGCAUAUUGAAAUGGCACGCAAAAAUCCAUAUGACAUUGGAAAAGAAAUCACACCGCUUAAGAAAGAAAGUCCAAGUAAAUUAAAAAAGGCAGAAAUUAAUCCAAAACAAGGAGCAGCUGAGACUCAAGAUAUAGAAGUCUUUGAUAAACAACAACUCACAUUGAACAGUGACAAAAGAAAGAAAGAAGACCCUGUAUUAAGACUGAGUGGUCUGAGUGGUCAAAAUGAUGGUGAUUUGAAAGUCAAUGAAAACAGAAGCAGCCUCAGAGGGAAGACGGUAAGAAAUAUUGAAGCUACAGAGACAAAACAGGCUGAUCAGACUAAUACAAACCAGAAUCAGCCAGAAACAAAAGGAAGUGCAAGAUACAAACAAGAGCAUGCUCAGUUAAGUCAAGAGGACACAAGGAAAGAAGGUAUAUUAUCCAAACCAGAGGCUACUCAGAGGAACAAGAAGCUGACUAGACCAGAAAUAUCAGCUAUCGCAGACUAUGCCAGGUUGAGAGUUAUUGCUGCUGAAGACGAUACAAAAGAGAUUGAUAUAUUCCCCAAAAUGGACUUCUACAACAGUUACAAUCAGCCAGUUUUAAGAAUUCAUAAAGACUUACACGGAAAUGUGUCGGAUAUAGGGGGAGAAUCUAAAAGAGACAUCAUUUCGAUGGAAAAACGUCAAAAUCUUGAGGAAAAAACAUCACAGUUUAAAAAACAAACAGAUAAAGAAAAGACACCUCAACAGCAAAAGCACAUAAUUCCCAAUACAGUUCAACAAAAACCUAUAUCACAGGUAGCUUCAGGUUCACAAGAUGAAGCUGGAUCAAUGGGCACCCAACCAAGAGCUCUAACAAAUCUUAAGGAAUCAAACACUAAACCAACUUUCAUGGAGCAUCCAAACAGGAACAAAAUGUAUCAGUCCAAGAAUCCCCAAGGUGUACAAUUGCAAGCUGAAGGUACAAUAACCAGAUCAAGACAAAUGACUCAUGACAAACCAACUGAAAAGGGCAAUCUUUCUCAUUAUGGAAGACAAGAAUCUCUUGCAAACUUGUCAUCAUCUGGCACUGUCAGACAACCAGCAGACAACCAAGUACAUAUGGCAUCACCACCUGAAAUGGAAGAACUACAAUAUUACACAGUGAAUGCUCUUGACACUGAAAUAAAGCCAAAAGAAGCACCUGAACCACCAACCUCCAAGUCUCAAAACAGACUCAGAGGAAGAGAAAAAGGAAGAUACUUCGUUUUUGCAAAGUCUAACGGACUACAGCAAGGUUUAUGCGACAGGACCGCGAUCCAACUCUUCUUCUCCAGCCAUGGGGAAACCCAUCAUGUUCAGAGUGAAGGAUAACACCACCAG